AAAAAGGCACCCAAGCUGAACUUCAUCGGAGCUAUUCAGGCCUGCAGUUGGAGUUGCAUCUGCAUCGUAUGUAAAUACGAAUACACAUUGGAUUGGUAAUCAAGCCUAUAAAAAUCCCAAAAUAUCUCUUUACACUUACGUUUAGCCAAAUCUUCCAACUUGCAUGUCUUUCCAGACCUAGUCGGUGUUCACCAUGUCGUACAGCGAGGAGCAAAUUGAUCGGUACCUCAACCACAUCAACUACCCGCGGGAGAAACAUGCAUCGGAUCGGCUGCAGCUCUUGAAGGAACUCCAGGCUCAUCAACUUGCCCGAGUUCCCUUCGAGAGUUUGACCCUGCACUAUUCAAAGCACCGCCUGAUUUCCAUUGAUCUUGAGGAUCUCUUCGACAAGGUUGUAGUCCAGGGUAAAGGCGGUUAUUGCAUGGAGCUCAACGCCUUAUUCGGUGCUGUCCUCAAGGGACUCGGCUUUAGUCUCGUCAGCGUCGGUGCAAAGAUCAAGGGAGAUGAGAGGUUCGGCGGAUGGUCCCAUAUGCUCAACAUCGUCACGAUCGACGCUCAGCGCUACCUAGUCGACGUCGGGUUCGGCAAAGGAGCAACCAUGAUCCCCGUGCCCUUGGAAAAAGAGACCGGCCACGAGUUCACCACCAUCGCUCCCCUGCGAGGCAAGCUUGUUUACCAAAAGUUAGACCAGAACACGGAUUCGAGCCAGCGUAUGUGGGUGUACUCUUCGACCGACACCGCCGACGGCCCCUUCCGAGAGCGCAACUGCUUCACAGAGCAAGAGUUCUUCCCUGAGGACUUUGAAGUCAUGAACUAUGCCGUCAUGAUGAGACCAACCAGCUACUUUGUCAAGACAGUCUUGUGCAUGCGGACGAUCCUGAAUACUGAGACAAGAGAGGCCGAGGGUACUAUUGUGCUGCACAAGGACGAGGUGAAGCGCAAGAUUGGUGACAAAGUUGAGCUCUUGGAGACGUUGAAUAACGAGGCUGAGCGCGUGCGGGCUAUCGAGAAGUAUUUUUACAUCUCACUUACACCCGCAGAGCAGAGGGCUAUCAAGGGAAUGCCUCAGGAGUUGUUGGAGAAGAAUUAGUAAAGAAAUGUUGUGAUAUCUGCUGCAUAACUUAGAACAUAGAAAGAAUCUUCAUAUUCUUCGUCC